AUGAUGUACUUUCUUCGCGUUCCCUUUUUGAUGGUGGGUGAUCCAGAUAUUAUCAAAGAAAUUCUUAUUAAAAAAUUUCCGAAGUUCCACGAUCGGAGGGUAGGUUUCUGUUAUUGAUCAUUAUUUUAAAACGUAUAUAAAAAAGGUACAGCAGCCUUUUCUGUUUGUUUGUAUGUGUGACUUAGCAAAACUAUACGUAUACCAUGCUUAAUCAUUAUGUAACACUCUGUGGCUCAGAUAUAAUAACAAUGAUCAACUGAUUUACACUUUGAAUUUUUGAAAGAAAAAUCUUUAAUGGUGGAGGUGCUCAAGCAAUUUCUUUAGGAUAAACAGAAGGAACGUCGCCGUCCAACAUUUCGUACAGAACUGACAAGUAGUUCCAUAGAAGCAUGACGUCACAAAGGUAGUACCCUGUACCUAUGCUUUUAACCCUAUCUAUAAAGACCAUAGUAAAACAAUGGACUGUUUCACUUUGGCAGGGCACGGUAGAAUUUGGCAGACCUUACAACAGAAUGUUGACCAUUGUACCUGGCCAAAAAUGGAAAGAUCUUCGGACAACUUUGUCACCAACCUUUAGUGCCUUUAAGAUAAAGCAGGUAUGUAUGUAUUUG